AUGUCCAACGGAAAGACCUAUCAAUUGAGCAACGGCGUGACCAUCCCCGCCGUUGGCUUCGGUACCUUCGCCAGCGAGGGUUCCAAGGGCGAGACCUACGAGGCCGUUACCGUUGCCCUCCGCACCGGAUACCGUCACCUGGACUGCGCCUGGUACUAUCUCAACGAGGAUGAGGUUGGUGAUGCUAUCCGGGAUUUCCUGAAGGAGAACACCUCCGUCAAGCGUUCCGACAUCUUUGUCACCACAAAGGUGUGGAACCACCUGCACCGUAAGGAGGAUGUCCUCUGGUCCGUCAAGGAUUCUUUGAACCGCCUCAAGCUGGACUACAUUGACUUGUACCUGGUUCACUGGCCUAUUGCUGCCGAGAAGGACGGCCAGGAGAAGCCUAAGAUUGGUGCUGAUGGCAAGUACGUCAUCCUGAAGGACCUGACUGAGAACCAAGAGGAGACAUGGCGCGCUAUGGAGGAUCUCUACGAGCAAGGCCUCGCCAAGGCCAUUGGUGUGUCCAACUGGACCAUUCCCCAGCUUGAGGACAUGGCCAAGUUCGCCAAGGUCCAACCCCAGGUCAACCAGAUCGAAAUCCACCCCUUCCUCCCCAACACCGAGCUCGUGGAGUACUGCUUCUCCAAGAACAUCCUUCCCCAGGCCUACUCUCCUCUGGGUUCCCAGAACCAGGUUCCCACCACUGGCGAGCGUGUCGCCGAUAACAAGACUCUGAACGAGAUUGCUGAGAAGGGCGAAAACACCCUGGCUCAGGUCCUUAUUGCCUGGGGUCUGAAGCGUGGCUACGUUGUUCUCCCCAAGAGCUCCAACCCCAAGCGUAUCGUGUCUAACUUCAAGAGCAUUGAGCUCUCCGAGGCGGAGUUCGCGGCUGUAAACAGUGUUGCCGAGGGUCGCCAUUUCCGCUUCGUUAACAUGAAGGACACCUUCGGUUACGAUGUCUGGCCCGAGGAGACUGCCCUGAACAUCUCUGCUUAA